UGCCUCCAUUCUGUCCUGCCAUCUACUUUCCAGUGUUUCCACAAUUCCUUUGAUAUAUCUCAUUUUCGAAGUCCUCGGCAUUACUUUACUGUAAUACGGAAGUGUUCAAUAUGGCUCAGCCUUGUUUCUCGAACCCCAAUCAUCCUCUGGAGCCUGCGGGCGACCAUCUCCACCAACCAUAUCCCAUCCCCUGUUUGUCUACCGCCACAAUUAGGUCCAUUCUAAGUACAACGUAUGGCAAACUAUGUCGACUCAUACGCGAACAGGGCAGGUCCUGCUCGAAAACGAUGGUUUGCUUGAUAUAACCAUUGGCAAGCUGCUUGGCCAAGGAUUAGGCUACAAUGACUGGAAGCGAGAAUUCGAGAGCUGGGAAGGCUUUACGUGGUCUGAGACCUUUAAGAACAUAAUCAUCAAAAAAGAGUUCAGUUUUUUCAGAAAAGAGAUCCUGCGCUUGCAGUCUGAGCCAAACACGGCUCGUGGGCCUAAGUCGAAGACGAACUCGCUUGAGAGUAUUCUCAAACGACUACAGGGCUUAGAGUGGGCCAAAGGAGUACCCAACGAAAUGGAGCAGAAGAAACGAGAUGGUCGGCUUCUUGGAAAAGACGCCAAGGCCCGCUGUCUUCAGUACCACGUCUCACGUUGGAAAGCUGAGGCUGUUUCAACAACCGAACUGUCAUCCACCUGCCCUAUAGGCAUUGAGAAUCCUAAAGCGAUGCCGAAUACAAUGGAGACCGAGACCAUUUCCCCAAAGCUGACGCAUAAAUCUAGGUCCGUCGUCUCAGCAACAAGAAAUACAACAGCGGUACACUCUUCGAACAAUGACAUAUUUCCUGGUGGCGACUCUUUUCUUUUUGAGAAGCCAUUACACAUUUCAGAGUCUGACAUCUCGUCAAUAUUCGGGCACAAGGCACCACUUCCAGACUUUGACCCAAUCAUUUCUAGAGACUACGAAAUACCGUGGGUGCCACACACUUCUAGUCAAGUGAUUGAAGCCCCCGGGAAAGAUAUCACACUUGACGAUUUCUUUAAUUUUGCCGAGCAGAAUCCGUAUUUUCCGAUCGAGCUUCCUUCCGAAGAGCCCUCCUUUGAGAUCCCACGUAGAAGUGGAUUCAAUGAUUCCUACAUGACCUAUAUUUCUCAAGCCAGCCGAGACUCGAAGACGCAAAGAUCAAUGCUUGACGAAAUACUUGACUCAUAUGGAUCUCGACCUGGUAAGGGUACUUGGUCGGCAUGUUUAGAUCAAAAAGACACGCCUAUUUCAGGGAAUUUACCGUUCGAGCAGCAACAGACCGGCUCGGGCACUGCCGCUUUCUCUCAGAGUGAUGCAGACACCGGCAACACCUCUCAUAUGAUUGACACCAAAGCGCUAGGUUUUGGAACUACUUCUUCGGAUAAUUCUCAAGCAGAAGAUCGCGAGGCAAAUAUGUACCUGCCUCGAGACCAAAAUGAGCCUGCUACCUUAGCCCCAAACGUGGAAAGAACGGCCGCACAGCCUUUCUAUGUCAAUGAGCAACCCGACGGCGCAGCCCUCGGUCCCCAGAAUGAUUCAUCAUAUCAUAUUGAAGUAUUAUUACGGGGAAAAACAGACGAAUUGGCGGCUGCAGAGAAUACAGUCUCUAAACUUUUGGUCGAGAUCAAGAUGUUGGAAGAAUCACUUGCUAGUCGAGGGGAUCAAAACCUCGAAGCUACUCCCAAGUCAAAUAACUGCCAUAAGCGCGGCACCGAUGAAACCCUUCGCGGCGCAAAAAGGCUAAAAGGAAAAGGAACUGCUCUUGGCUUCGACUCACAAGUCUCCAAAAACCCCAGUGCUAAUGGGGAAGAAACACUAUGCCCGACUGGUGGUUCGCUAUCCACAUCGAACGGACCUUUGCCGCUUGGAAGAGCCCACCACCCAUUCAGCCAAUAUAAUGAGAUAGUCUCAGGCUACACUGCGAUCCAUGCUAUCAGCAACUCCGAAGCUCCAACGCCAUGUCUUGCCGAGGCAGUGCAAGACGUUGGACAACCCUUAUCACGCACAUUCAACAAUACAAACCCACGCGUAGACUUGCACGCCGAGAGAAGUACCACCGCUCAAUCCUCGCUGAAGUACACGCCGUGGUCGCAACUUUUGACUGAAAGCACAAACGCAUUCUCGAGUGAUUCUCGAUAUACUUCUCUUGACAUCGGUUUCUCUAAGUGCAGGGGUUCUUCUAAGGACGGUUUUGAAGAGAGUAUAGCGUGGGUAGCUUGA